CUUGUUAUCAAAAUGGCUACCUAUACAGCACUUUGUGUGUCUUUUCUGUCACUGAUCUGUCUCGGAUAUUGUUAUGAAAAUUUAAGCAGAGUGUCUGGGGCUUCCGCCUCCCAAAGCUCAUCAUUUAAAUCUGCAUCACUUGUUGUUGAUGGCAAUUACGCCCAGUAUUUUCCAGAGUGUGCACAUACCGGUAAAGAUCAAACAUUAGCGUGGAUUCAGGUGGAUCUCGGAACAGUUUACAGUCUUAAAUCUGUUAGAAUAUACUCUAGAAACGAAGAUAGUUGGCCUCCAUACCGACUUCGCCAGUUUUACUUGGAUGCAUCAAAUUCAUCGGCAGAUACCUCAAUAAAGAGAUCUAGAGUACGAUGUUACACAGACAACACUACAGCCCCAGCCACGCCCCCACCUGUGAUUGACAUCCCUUGUAAACAGACGGCGAGAUACGUCAUUGUAGAGACAUCAUACCACGCUCCAGAGGACAAAGAUUCCAGAGGACCUGUCUUAGAGAUCUGUGAAAUUGAAGUGAUUGGUUGCAAUAUUCGUCAUUUUGGAGAAAACUGUGCACUGUGUAAUGCUUGUUCAGUUUGUGACGUAAUAAAUGGCAAUUGUAGUUGUCAACCUGGACACUAUGCCCCAGGAUGUCAGCCUUGUAGCAAGAACUGUGGCAAUGGCUCUUGUGAUGGACGUGACGGUAGAUGUAUCAGUGAAUGUAAUUCAGGGUAUUAUGGAUCCUAUUGUAAUCGAACCUGCAGUGUAAACUGUGAAAACCACAUCUGUGAUCAGAAUUAUGGCAACUGUACGUGUAUCCGUGGAUGGAAGCCACCAUACUGUAAUGAAUGCGACAUAAACCAUUAUGGAAUUGACUGUUCCAUGGAAUGUAGUGCGUCAUGUACAUCAGGAUGUUAUAUGGUUACCGGCUUUUGUAAAGGUUCUUGUAAAGUUGGCAAAUUUGGAAACUUCUGCAACAAAACAUGUAACGCUGAUUGCAGAAAUGGAUGUCACAGAGACAAUGCUCAUUGCAAAGAUUGUGUUGCUGGAAAAUUUGGAGCCAUGUGUCAAAAGAAUUGCGGAAAGGGUUGCACUUCCAACUGCGUCCAAAAUAAUGGAAGUUGUGCGUGUAACAUAGGAUGGCAAGGGACCUUCUGCAAAGACUGUAGUCCUCACUAUUACGGUGAACUGUGUGAACACAAAUGUAGCACUGGCUGUCUAAACGAAACCUGUCUUUCGAAUGGAUCAUGUAUUGAAGGGUGCAAAGGCGAAAAUCUUGAUGAAAAAUGUACAGUAAACAAGAUAUCAUCAGAAAAAAAUACAAAUUCGAGUUGGACAAUAUCAGGUCUGUACGUUGUGACAACAGUUCUCUUUAUAAGUAUUAUUCUCAACGUAUUCUUCAUUGUUCGUUACAGAAAUGUCAGACAAACAAUUUAUAAAAGACAGAACUCAAAUGACGUACAAAAACAACAUGAUCCAACACAAGAUCUAAACACACCUACAUGUACAUAUGACAGUGUUGGGGAUAACGCAGGUUACCAAGAACUUGGACAAUUAAGCCAACCAUCACAUUACGAUAAGCUCAAGUAAAUGGGGUUUAAACUGUGUUUGCAGUACUUGUACUUUAACAUUUGUCUUUUAAACCAAACUAUUUUUUUACAUACUGAAAAUGAUUGUUAAUCAUAAGGGUUUUGAAAGAGGUUUAAGCAAGGUUUUGAUUUGUUUUGUAUUUAUUUAUCCCUUUUAUCUUCAUGAAAAUGAAACAAGAGAUUUGCAGUGUCUUUUAUUGACAUCUUUGACAGUUCAGUAUGUAUCUGUCCUUCUAAGAUGGUCGAAAUAAAGACAUUUUUUUAUACCGAUGUGUUUUCUUAAACGGUUUUGGUUUUUUAUAUCAUUGUUCAUGUAUACUAUUGUUAUCUACUUGUUAAGAUAUCUGCACUGUAAGUAUAUUAGAGUGGUAGAGUAGUUACACAGCUUGACGAACCUGGUUCAACUGCAGAUAUUAUAUUAUU